GUGAGGCACUGAACGCGCUGUCCUGUGCCCACAGCCGCAGAACGAGCACAUCGAGCUGCACCGCAAGCGGUACGGCUACCGGCUGGACUACCAUGAGAGAAAGAGGAAGAAGGAAGGGCGCGAGGCUCACGAGCGCUCCAGGAAGGCCAAGAAGAUGAUCGGGCUGAAGGCCAAGCUGUACCACAAGCAGCGGCAUGCCGAGAAGAUCCAGAUGAAGAAGACAAUUAAGAUGCAUGAGAAGAGAAAUACAAAGGAAAAGAAUGAGGAAAAAACACCUAAAGGAGCUGUACCAGCAUAUCUGCUGGACAGAGAGGGCCAGUCCCGGGCUAAGGUUCUCUCUAACAUGAUCAAACAGAAACGAAAAGAAAAAGCUGGGAAAUGGGAGGUUCCUUUGCCAAAGGUCCGAGCGCAGGGAGAAACAGAAGUUUUAAAGGUGAUUCGUACAGGAAAGAGAAAGAAGAAGGCCUGGAAGAGAAUGGUUACGAAAGUUUGUUUUGUUGGAGAUGGCUUUACUAGGAAACCUCCUAAGUAUGAACGAUUCAUUCGACCAAUGGGCUUACGUUUCAAGAAGGCACAUGUGACACAUCCUGAACUUAAAGCUACUUUUUGCCUGCCUAUCCUUGGUGUAAAAAAGAAUCCUUCUUCUCCUUUGUAUACAAGUUUGGGUGUAAUUACCAAAGGUACUGUCAUUGAAGUGAAUGUGAGUGAACUGGGCCUCGUGACACAAGGGGGCAAAGUUAUUUGGGGAAAAUAUGCACAAGUAACAAACAAUCCAGAAAAUGAUGGCUGUAUUAAUGCAGUUCUGCUUGUUUGAUACUACACACUGGACACUGCCUUCUACAAAAUCAGUGGAGUUUCAACAACUUUGGAAGAUCUCUGGAACCUUCAACCAGUCAGGCAUGCUGACCCCUUAAGUGUGCCAGAAAAGACUGUUCAGAUUUUUAUACUUAAAAUCUGUUUCUUUAUCUAACCACUGUCCAAAUAAAGAGAUUCAAUUUUUA